ACUCAUAGAGGUUCAACCACCACCAAACUUAUUUUCUUAGUCUCCAGCAAACUUUAUUAAUGCAACAAUAAAAGUUCCACUCAUCUAUUUACGUGUCUAUAUUUAUCUAUCCCCCACCAAAUUUUUGAAAGAAAGAACAACCCAACCCCACACGUUAUAAUUAUUCCUCCAAAUAAAAUGAUUAUAUUAUGUCCUCAUUUAUAUGUUCCAUUUUCCAUUGAGAAGAAGAAGGUAAGAAUUUAGUGUCAUUAGUUGUUUUACAACAUCUCAUGGCACUAUGAGCUUUAACAUAGUAUUUGUGAAUCUUGACACACCAUUUUGUUGAUCACUAAUAUGAUGAUUAUGGACAAGGUUAAGUUGAAAUUCACAAUGGCUGCAGGCAAAAUAUUGAAUGAAGUCCUUAGCUUCAUUUUGUUUACAGUCCUUGAUGUUCUUGAUUUUUUGCUUUGUUACACUUAUAGAGUAAUCGAUUUCAUAGUUGAAGCAGAAUGGAAGUCAUGUUAUUGCUCGUCAGCUAAACGAGCCAUGACGAGCAGUGGCACAAUCUUGGUGUCCGAGUCCAAGAUUGUGUGUCUGACUUCCUCUUCUAGCCGCAAUAAAUUGCAGCUAGAAGAGAUAUCAGACACAUUGUACACGCGAUCAUCGCUAGUAUCUGAAGUGUCAAAAUCCACACUCAAAUUGGAGAAUGCUGCUACAACUGUGAAAAGGGGAACUAUGUGCUCAACUUUCACUGUUAACUCACCCAUUGUGGAAAUGCUGCAAGGCAAAAUUGGUGGCCACAAAUCACAUUCCGUUCCAAGAUGGUCAGAUUGUGAUUGUAAAACUUGUAAUGCUUGGAGUAACUCUUGCAAAGAUUCACUUUUUGUCCAUGUUGAUGGUGCCAAAGGUAUGACAGAGAACGUACAAGAGAAUGUGAUCUUCAUUCAUGGAUUCAUAUCAUCGUCAACAUUUUGGACAGAAACUUUGUUUCCUAACUUUACAAAGGCUACAAAAUCGAAGUAUCGAUUAUUUGCUAUGGAUUUGCUAGGAUUUGGGAGAAGUCCAAAGCCAAAUGAAUCACUAUACACAUUAAGAGAGCACUUAGACAUGAUUGAGAAAUCAGUUUUAGAGCCAUACAAGGUGAAAUCUUUCCACAUUGUGGCACAUUCUUUGGGCUGCAUAUUGGCGCUGGCGCUCGCUGUAAAGCAUCCUGGCGUAGUUAAAUCGCUCACCUUACUUGCACCGCCAUAUUUUCCAGCACCAAAGGGAGAACAAGCAACACAGUAUAUGAUGAGGAGAAUCGCUCCGAGAAGAGUAUGGCCAGCCAUUGCCUUUGGGGCAUCCAUAGCUUGUUGGUAUGAACAUGUUAGUCGAACAAUUUGCUUACUCAUUUGCAAGAACCAUCGUUUGUGGGAGUUUCUCACCAAACUCCUCACCAGAAACAGGAUAAGAACAUAUUUAGUAGAAGGAUUUUGCUGCCACACACACAACGCAGCAUGGCAUACACUACACAAUAUCAUUUGUGGUACUGCUGGUAAAAUCGAAGGAUACUUAGACAUGGUGAAAAAUCAUCUAAAAUGUAAUGUCACAGUAUUUCAUGGUGAAGACGAUGAGCUUAUCCCUGUCGAAUGUAGCUACAACGUACAGUCAAAAAUUCCUCGUGCUCGUGUUAACGUUGUUGAGAACAAAGAUCAUAUCACCAUUGUUGUUGGAAGACAAGAAGCAUUUGCUAGGGAACUUGAAGAAAUUUGGAAAAAUAAUUCCACAAGUAGUAUUUGAUUAAUUCAAGAUCCUAAAGAUUAAAGAAUGUCAUUAUUCGUUAAUUGCUAUGUACGUACCAUCAUUUUUUUUCUUCUACACCAUAAGUUAAAAAAUGUUAUCCAAUAAUGAAGCAAAAUUAAUUUGGA